AUAAAAUGCAAUCAAAAAACCCUAACCCUAAACCUAGGUUUUUCCAUUUUGCUCUCUUUCAAUCGGCCGCUCCUCUUUCACUACCGGAGAGCACCUUCGUUUACAACCAACAUGACCAAGAGAACGAAGAAGGCGGGCAUUGUUGGAAAAUAUGGUACCCGAUAUGGGGCUAGUCUGCGAAAGCAGAUCAAGAAGAUGGAAGUUAGUCAGCAUAGCAAAUAUUUUUGUGAAUUUUGUGGGAAGUUUGCAGUGAAGAGGAAGGCCGUGGGAAUUUGGGGCUGCAAAGACUGUGGAAAGGUCAAAGCAGGCGGUGCCUACACUAUGAACACUGCUAGUGCUGUGACCGUAAGGAGCACUAUUCGGAGGCUGAGGGAGCAAACUGAGAGUUGAGCUGCAAUCUGCCUAUUUUUACCGUAUUUUGAUAUCGGCACCUUACUUGAGAAAAAGGAUACUUUAAGAACGUUUGUAGUUGUCAUGCUUUAAUCCGUUUGUUAUUAAUGCAAUGGAAAUUGUUGGAA